CAACAACUUCCAUCACAAACUUGCGAAGCUGCUUGUCAAAUUUACUCAUCAUAGCGCGUCCUUGCUUGUCGAUUUCUAGGGCCUUUUGGGGGGCUGACGACGCGACCGCGCAUUUGAGCAUUCCAUUCUGUGGUGUUUCUCAACGCAUGGCGCCUGCCUCCGGUCCAGCAUGUAGGCGUGCGCUUGGAAAUGCCGAGAUCCGUCGUCUUGUCUGCGUCUGUCUGUCCUUGGGCGACCUUUGCAGAGCGUCCACAGUCAACAAGAGCUGGGAAGGGGCCGCAAGUCCCCUUAUAUGGGUCGACCUUCCAUCGCUUAUGCCACUAAUGAGGUUGAUACCGACGAGCUAUGUGGUGGAGGCCUAUAAUACCGCCGGGAAAAACCCCUUUUCCCGCGCCCCAGUUUCUGCUCUUCUUCGACCAGAACGCGCAGCCAAGCGGCGCGGUCGUCGACUCGCCGCUUUGGUGAAGCGUCUAAGGGUGACGGAGAACGACUUGCAGGACAGAUCUGGAAUCCCUCUCGUUUUCUGGUUUGGGCACACUGUCUUUCCAUCCCUUGCAAGGCUGGUCGUUGACAGAUGUAAGGACUUUGGCAAUGAUCAUGUUGUGCUUCUACGGCAGCUGCUACCAUCAACUCUGCAUGCUCUCGAUGUCGGAGGGGUCAGCGAAUCUUCUUGGGACCUCGCCUCAUCAUUUCCCAGUCUCCGAAAUCUGUUUGUUGACGGCAACAUCGAGCUCCAGCGCGUUUCUCCCUGGAGACUCACAUCUUUGACGCGAAUUGACCUUGCCGUUCGAUACUCAUCGGAGUUAAUAGGGUCGCUGGCGUGCUCCUGCCCUAUACUACACACAAUCGACCUCGACAUCCGCGAUGACCAAAUCGAAGUCGGACCUCCUCUGACCAUAGGAGCUAGCUUCCCUGCGCUACGAUGUCUGGGAAUCCGUGGUGCCUCCUCGGCUUCAUUGACGCAGUCUAUCAUCGAGUCACUACCAGAAUGCCACCCGAUGGAGGCCAUCUUUGUAUACGACGCCAAGACGAGCUUAAAUCCCCCCGGAGGCUACCGGUCUAUCGCCGACAGCAUCAACCGGUUUUGUGAUCCCAAAGCAGUCCAGUUGUUCGGAUUCCUCCCACGACGACCCAUAGAAUCUGCUACUGGGUUGAUACCUCUGCAUCCUCUUGCCUCGCUUUCUAAUUUACGCCAUCUUGCCCUACGAUCAUGGCAUGACUUGGCACUUGCGGACACGGACUGCGCACAGUUGCCCACCUGGUGGCGUCGCAUCCAAAGUCUUGCCCUAUGCAACAUGGAGCGAACGCACAACGCCCGCCUGUUGACCCUCGCUGCUCUCUUCCCCUUCGUAGAGAUGUGUGACGACUUGGUGAGACUAGGACUCGUAUUCGACGCACGCAGCGCUUUGCCACAGAUACCGGACAGCUUGUUACCUUCUCCUUCGAGGGUGGAGGAACUUGCGGUUUAUGAUUCCCCAAUAGCUCGCGAGAGCGUAGAUGGCGUAGGGCUUCUUUUAGGGGCUCUCUUCCCGCGAUUGCGAAGUAUCGUCAGCUCGAAAUCGCCAUACAAGCCCCUCUGGGACGAGAUCAGCGCGAAGCUCAGUCGGGGAGUCCUGACGGCAUCCAACGAGGGCUCUUAUGGCAACGGCGGUGGACGCGAUGCCGGUGGGAGUGGUGACGUGGAGGCAAGGACAGAUGGACCUCAUGCUAUGGCAGAGAUGUCUCUGAACACACCCGUCGUUCGGCAUGGCCAGCCCAGCGCCGCCGCAUCUUCGUCCGACUUCGACAUGUCAACUGGCCUGCACAUGCAGCCUACUCAGACGGGCAUCGACAGGGCUUCGCAAUCUGGCUCUCUUGCACCCGAGUCACUGUGGCAGCACCUGACCGAACUCGAGCAGCGCAACAGCUUUCUGGAGAAGCAGAACUCUGAGCUGGAAAGAGCCCGAGCGAAGCUCGAACGGCGAUACAACACGAUGGAGGACAGCUUGGAUAAAGAGAUCGGCGACCUUCAGCAGCGCAACUCCGACCUUGCGAAGGCUCUCGCCGCGGCAGAAACGCAGAAAGAGGGUCUCGCUCGCGAACUGAAGGAGACAGAGGCGCACUACGAAUCGCAGGAGAAACGCCUUCUCGACCUUGAGCACUCCAUCAAAGCCGAAGCCGAGAUGACGAGGGCUAUUGAGGCUGUCCGCCAGGAGCGAGACGAGCUCUCGAGGCGCCUGACCAUUGUCUGCCGGGAGAGGGAUGAGCAUGCUGAUCGGUACGAAGCCCUAAAGCACCAUGCGGACGGGCUGCAGGCUAACUACGAGGAUGCAGAGAAGAGGAUUCUGGAGAUGACCGCUGAACGAGCGUCAGUCCACAGGGCUUUGACGGACUUGGCCUUUCGAACUUCGGAUAUAUAG